UUUCUGUAGGACCUUGGUAGUGCUUCCUCUUUGGAAUGCACUCAGUUGCUUCACCUGCAAGUUUCUGUGACAGUUCAAGUUCAAAUUUAAGGUUCUGCACUAUGUUUAGAAAAAACUUUAGAAAAGUUUUUCUAAACUGUUGUCCUAAAGAAAUGAUCGUUAAAUAGUCAUAUAAUUUUCAUGUGGUAGAAGAUGUUGCUAAUAUAUGGGCUUAUUCUUAUGCAUUUCACUUAUUGUUAAAAGGAAAUACUAAGGAUUGAGUGAUAAUUAAUUAAUACUGUUCAACACCAGCUAAACAUACCCACUCAUGCUGUGUCAGCAUAGUUGAUCGUAUGGUUUUCUUGUUAACAUUGUUUUUCUUUUUAUAUUAAUGUUGUGCCUUAUAAGCAAUAUAUUGAGAUAAAUACAGUAACAAGAGAUUUGGGGCUGGUUUAAACUUCUCUUUGUACAACAUUACCUUUGUCUCCAAAACAAACCUCAAAGCUAGUAGACUAGCUCUAGUAGACUAGUUCUUAAUUCUCAGUAGAUCCCUGUUUGUACUUUUAACAUUUACUGUUAUUUCUGCUCUGGCAUUUAUAAAUGCACUCCCUUAUGUAAUAACAAGAAAACAAAUUUUCAUGUCUUUCAUUUAAAUUUUCGUUGGGUAUCUAAUUUGUAGCUUUCUUGCUCUUGUUGUGGCAUAACUGGAUAUAGUUCUUUAAAGAUGCAUUGACAGAUGAUUCUUGAGGCUGAUAAUUUUCAGAGGAAAGUGUAACUGCCAUUCAUCCUCAUUUUUUUUCCCACUAUUUAUCAUUUAGAUCUGAUGAAAUGCAAUUUAUUAAAAUUUUCACUGCUUUUUUUUCAAAGGAACUGAAGUGUGGUUCAGUUCUGAACACAGAUCUCUCCUUCACAACUUUGAAUUGAAUUGUCUUGUCUCUGGUUAUGCUUCAGUCUUCAUUGUCAUUAUUAAUGUUUGCAUGUUUAAUUCUGAAUAAUAAUUCAGUGCUAUUACAAGUUGUCCUCUGUCAUAAUUGACUUGAUUCAGUAAAUUGCAGGGUGCUUGUAUGUAGCUCUAAUGUCUGGGAAAGAAAAAAGAAAUAUGAGAGUUUCCUGAUGGAAGUACUUUAAAUUUCUUCUACAGAAUCUAGAUAACUUCUGCCUUUUGUGGCAGCCUGCUUGCAUGCUUUCCCCCCAACAUCACCACCCCGUGUGUCUCAGAUAGCAGUUGCAUCUGGGAGCAUAAGAACAUUGACUUACAAUGCUUGUGAUAACGUUUUCUGUGUUCCUUAUUUGUAGAUAUGCUUUAGUGUUUGAAUUAAGUGUCAUAAUCAGACUUAAUGGGCAGCUUUUGGCUUCAAUAAAUGAUAUUGCCAAGGAUUUAGAACUAUUUUGCUAGCAGUUGUUAUUCUCUCUCACAGUCUCUUUACCUGUGUCACCACUCCAUCAUUCUGGAAAGAUUUCCUGUUGUCUUUCUGUCAGAAUUCACUAAUUUAAGUUAAUGUAUUACUCUGUCAUUAGUAACAAAUUAAUAUGGUUGCACUUUGUUUUUAAUUCUGGUCUUCUUGGUUUGGAAAACAGAAAUAUGGAAUUGAAUUUAAACAUUUCUGAAUACCAGUUCCUCCUGCCCCUAAACUGCUGACUCUACCUAGCAAUUACUGGUAUGCCAUAUUGUAGCAUAUACAUAUUGUAUAUGUUCCUAACCUAUAUUCAGUGCUUUGAGAGUUCCACUGUCUGCACUGUGAAAUCAAACAGUCCUAUUCAAUAUGUUAAAUGCCACUGAAAUAAUUGUAUAGAAAUAUGUAACUUGAGCUCAGUCUGGUUUUGGACAGUGUUUUUUAAUUUGCUUGAAGCUGUAGAAAUUUAAAUGUGUUUUGGAUUUUUUGUUUUGGGGAGGAGGUUGCAUUUGUUAUGAACAGUUGCUAUCCUGUCUAGGAUUAGGAUAGGCCUGGAAAUAAUGCUAUUGUAGAAGCUACAGAAGUUACAAAAUAUUUUCUUCUGAAAACGACUUAAGACCCCCAGAGAGUUUUCAAAAAACUGACACUUCUAUCGUAUAGAUGGGAACAGGGAGGCAUGAGUGAAUGUCUCUAUGCUGGUUCAAUACUUCUAUUUCUUUUUUUCUUCUAUUUCCUCCCCCCCCCCCCAUAAAGUAUUUGAAAAAUGCUUGGCAUACUUAACACCUGCAACUUGUGGACCCUUGAAAAGGGCCCUUCACCAAAGUUAAGCGUUUUCAUAUAUAAAUCAAGUACAUUUUUCUGUACACAAAGUUAAAAAAAAUUCCUAAGCUGCUGUAUUACUUGCUAACGAAGGUCUCAUUCAGCAACGGGUAAUGGUGUAAACUUUAGUCUGUUUUUCCCACCAAGACUGGUUAGAAAGCUCACUGAAGUAGGCGGCAAAGACUAAUUGCUUCAAGCCAUGCUUGACUUUGUCUUUUAGAGCAACCCACCCCAUGUUCCUCCUUCAGCGCUUUAAGCUGAGAUGCCAGACGGGAAGGUGGGAUGGCUGAGGACUGAGUUUAUGUCCUGGUCUGCUAUCUGUACCACUUAGGUACUAAUCUCCAGCACAGGUUUGGGAGGCCGUGUAGAGGAGCUCUGGAAGUCUCCAGUUCCUCCUCAUCAUAAUCUGACUGGUAUACGUGUUUAACCUUAAGCUGUGCAUUAUGGCAGACAAACUAACAAGAAUUGCUAUCGUUAACCAUGACAAGUGUAAGCCAAAGAAAUGCCGUCAAGAAUGCAAAAAGAGUUGUCCUGUGGUUCGAAUGGGAAAACUUUGCAUAGAAGUCACAUCACAGAGCAAAAUAGCAUGGAUCUCAGAAACGCUUUGUAUUGGUUGUGGUAUUUGCAUCAAGAAAUGUCCUUUCGGAGCCCUGUCAAUUGUAAACUUACCUAGCAACCUGGAGAAAGAAACAACACAUAGAUAUUGUGCUAAUGCCUUCAAACUUCACAGGUUGCCUAUCCCUCGUCCAGGUGAAGUACUGGGAUUGGUUGGAACCAAUGGUAUUGGAAAAUCAACUGCCUUGAAAAUUCUAGCAGGAAAACAGAAGCCAAAUCUUGGAAAAUAUGACGAUCCACCUGACUGGCAAGAAAUUUUGACUUAUUUUCGAGGAUCUGAAUUACAAAAUUAUUUCACCAAGAUCCUGGAAGAUGACCUGAAAGCCAUAAUUAAACCUCAAUAUGUGGACCAGAUACCUAAAGCUGCAAAGGGAACAGUGGGGUCAAUUUUGGAUAGAAAGGAUGAAACUAAGACACAAACUGUUGUUUGUCAGCAGCUCGACUUAACCCAUCUGAAAGAAAGAAAUGUUGAGGACCUUUCAGGAGGAGAACUCCAGAGAUUUGCUUGUGCAGUUGUGUGCAUUCAGAAGGCUGAUAUCUUCAUGUUUGACGAACCUUCUAGCUACCUAGAUGUUAAGCAGCGCUUGAAGGCUGCCAUAACUAUUCGAUCUCUAAUAAACCCUGACAGGUACAUUAUUGUUGUAGAGCAUGAUCUAAGUGUGUUGGAUUAUCUGUCUGACUUUAUCUGCUGCCUGUACGGUGUGCCAAGUGCUUACGGUGUUGUUACUAUGCCUUUCAGUGUAAGAGAAGGCAUAAACAUAUUCUUAGAUGGCUAUGUUCCAACAGAAAAUCUAAGGUUUCGAGAUGCGUCUUUGGUUUUUAAAGUGGCUGAGACAGCUAAUGAAGAAGAGGUUAAGAAGAUGUGUAUGUACAAAUAUCCAGGAAUGAAAAAAAAGAUGGGAGAAUUUGAACUGUCCAUAGUGGCUGGAGAAUUCACUGAUUCUGAAAUCAUGGUGAUGUUAGGGGAAAAUGGAACUGGCAAAACUACAUUUAUCCGAAUGCUUGCAGGAAGACUUACACCUGAUGAAGGAGGUGAAGUCCCAGUUCUAAAUGUCAGCUACAAGCCACAGAAGAUCAGUCCUAAAUCUACAGGAAGUGUCCGUCAGCUACUGCAUGAGAAGAUCAGAGAUGCCUAUACACACCCCCAGUUUGUAACUGAUGUAAUGAAACCUCUUCAGAUAGAAAACAUCAUUGACCAAGAGGUUCAAACUUUGUCUGGUGGUGAGUUACAGCGUGUUGCAUUAGCUCUUUGUCUCGGUAAGCCUGCAGAUGUUUACCUAAUUGAUGAACCUUCAGCGUAUUUGGACUCUGAACAGCGUCUGAUGGCUGCUAGAGUCAUUAAACGUUUCAUUCUCCAUGCUAAAAAAACAGCUUUUGUGGUAGAACAUGACUUUAUCAUGGCUACUUAUCUUGCUGAUCGUGUGAUUGUUUUUGAUGGUAUUCCUUCCAAGAACACACUUGCAAACAGUCCUCAAACUCUUUUGGCUGGAAUGAAUAAGUUUUUAUCUCAACUUGAAAUCACUUUUAGAAGAGACCCCAACAAUUACAGACCAAGAAUAAACAAACUCAAUUCAAUCAAGGAUGUGGAACAAAAGAAGAGUGGAAACUACUUUUUCUUGGAUGACUAAAUAUUGAUUCUGAACAUCUCUCUAAUUGGCAUAUACAAAUGCAAAUUGAAGUCUGAACAGUCGUGGGUUAAAAGACUCAAUCAGGUUUUAGAACACUUCAUCUUUUGGAGCUUAAACUCUCUUGCUGUGUGCACCACCACAGGCCAGUAGCAGUGUAAAUUCUAGUCAGAGUAAAACUGCCACUUUCUAUAUAUGGUAACAGCCAUAUUUUCAUUGUAAUAAUUCAAAAUAGACAACCCUAAAAUUGUGCAAAAGUGUCUCCAGAUUUUUCAAAAUUUAAGGGAGGUUUUCAAUUCAAUACAUUCUACUCACGUACCAAGUGGUGACUGGACUUUAACUUAAAAAAAAAAAAAAAAAAAAAAUCUUUGAAGCUGUUUCCUGUGUAAGAUGAAGGCUUGCAAAGAAUAGCAAGAGACAGAAACUAAUCUUAUUUUAAAAAAGCUGAAUCUCUCAGUGAGGGUUUCAUAAAUAAAUGGAAACGCUCUUCUGUGAUACAGUGCAAAAAUUAUUGAAUUACUAAUUCAGUGAGUAUGUACGUGUGUAUUUUUAUAUGAUGUUGUCAUGCACACCUUUUCUCAUGUUAGCAAAGAACACAAAAGAUGCAGUACAAACUACAUAUGACAAUACAGAGAUUUACACCUCAGUCCUCUGUCCCUUUACAUCUUCUCAGAUGUAGUUACAGCAGAAUAAUCAGUUGAAUAAAGUCUUAAAAUAUUAAAAUCCUUUUAA